UUAUCAUUAUUGUCAUUAAUUAAUUUAUUUACUCAUUUUCUUAAUUUUUAUUUCUUACAUUGUCGAUUGAUUUUAUAAUUGAUAUGAGUGAUUGGUUGUCUUGUUGAGGGAUUUUAAACCCGUGUUUGGUUAGCGAGAAAAGGAGGGAAAAAUUAUGAAAAUGAAAAUUCUACUAGAAUUUUAUAUUUUUGUGGAUUUUGUGUAUAUAUAUAAAUUCUGGGUUUCUCUUAAAGUUUUGAGGUUUAAGAACGAAUACAAAAUGGCUUUUUGAAUUGCUAGGUUUUAUGGGUGAGCUCUGUAGAUUCAUUAGUAUUGUUGAUUUUUUGAAGAAGGGAAAUGAGAUAACUUUCUAGAUGGAAAAAUGGAGGAUAUUAAGAUAACAAGUGUUUUAGGGUUUUGGGGAGUUGUUUAGUGAUAUCGGGUUUUGCUUCCUUUUUAUUUUUAUUGUGGAGAUGAGCCCUGAUAUCUUGUUCGUUUCUAAAGCAAAACGUGGUUAGGGGUUAAGAAUUUGGUGGUGAAUGGGUGUUCAAACAAUGGCAUCUCAAAGAAAUGGCCAGCAGUCUCAUCUACAGCCGUAUCAGUUGACGAGGCAAAACUCGUGGUAUAACCUCACUCUCAAUGAAGUUGAAAACCAAUUAGGAAAUUUAGGGAAGUCCUUGUGUAGCAUGAACCUCGACGAGCUUCUUAAAAAUGUAUGGAGCACUGAAGCUAAUCAAUCCGUGGGAAUGGAUAGUGAAAGUACCUCAAUGUCUUCUCUCCAACAUCAGGCUAGUCUCACAUUGGCCAGGGCAUUGAGUGGGAAGACAGUGGAUCAAGUCUGGAAAGAGAUUCAACAAGGGCAGAAGAAGAGGUUUGGUGAGGAGAUGAAAGUUCAGGAAAGAGAGCAGACUCUUGGUGAAAUGACUUUGGAGGAUUUCUUGGUACAAGCAGGACUUUUUGCCAAAGCAACUAUAAGCCCUUCCUUGGAUUUAGCUACUGUUGAUGCAGUGACCCCACAAAGUUUUUCACAAAAAAUGAUCCUUUCCUCAUCCCCGUCAACAGGCACAUUAUCUGAUACCACGACAUCAGGACGGAAAAGGGAUACCCCAGAUGCAUUUGAGAAGAGUAUUGAGAGGAAGCUCAAGAGAAAAAUCAAGAACAGGGAAUCUGCUGCCCGUUCACGAGCUAGAAAACAGGCCUAUCAUAACGAGCUGGUGAGCAAGAUUUCACAUUUAGGGGAGGAGAAUAUGAAGCUCAAGAAAGAGAAGGAAUUUGAGAAGAAGUUUCCAAUUGAACCAUCAGCUGAACAAAAAUAUCAGCUUAGAAGAACAAGUUCUACUUCUUUCUGACAUCACAUCUCUCUGUGUGAGAGUUUUGUAGCUCAUCGAGUGUUAGUGCUAGCCUCUUGGGUUUAUGUGUAAAAUGCUGUGGGAAUUUAUCACAAGGCUGCCUUGCUUCACCUCUGGCACUACUGUUGUGGUUCCACCUUGCCCGCCAUUAGCUUUCACUCAUGUUCAUUCAGGACUAUCUUGGUAUACAGCAUUAAAUGUGCUAUGUUUAUAGCUUCACAUGUCCAGGCUCCGGUUGGUGUUGCUAGAAAAUGAAACUUGAGAAAGAAUUGUGCCCGACCCGUGUAUUAGGUUGUUAAAUGAUUAUGAGAUUAGUUUAAGACAUGGACAUCAGAUUAGCUCAAGACAUGACAUGGAGAUCAGAUUAGUUUAAGAUAUGGACAUCACUAAUGUAUAAUGCAUGGAUAUUCAUGUCAUGCUCAGAGUGCUUUGGAAUAGAUGGUGAGGGUUUUUCUCUUCCGGGAUCCAAUGUCAAUAGCAGAUGGAGGCCAACCAUGUUUGGUGGGUCUGCCAGUCUUUUGGACAAGGGAUUAUUAAGCAGUCAGCAAAAGGGAAAAUUUUGUAUUUGUUCGGUAAUAUAGUUAUCACUAGAUUUGUUGCC